AAUUAUCGCGAGAGUUAAUCCGCGGCUUCCCCGCCCUCCCUUCUUUAGAGUGUCGGCCAUUUUGAAGCAGUUCCUCCCGGGUCCGUAUCGAGGCCUCAUUUCCCCCUGACAGAGAUAAAGACAAAAUAAACACACAAAAAGAUGGCCGAAUAUUCAGCAGUGGCGCCGCCCAGCGCGUUAACCGGUGGUGCUGGCAGUGGUGGUGGCGGAGCGGGAGGAGCGGGCAGCGGUCCUGGCGCUGGAGCUGGCGGUGGCGGCGGGGGAGGAGGAGGAGCAGCGGCAGCAGGUGGCGGCGGCGGGCCCGGGGCUGGAGGUGCCGGCGGCUUCAAGAACGACGCUUUCGCCGACGCCCUUCAGCGGGCGAGGCAGAUUGCAGCAAAAAUUGGUGGGGAUACAGGAACAACAAUAAACACAUCAGACUAUGGAUAUGGCGGACAGAAAAGGCCACUGGAAGAUGGAGAUCAACCAGACACCAAGAAAGUUGCUCAGAACGAUCCAUUUGGAGCACAGCUAGCUGCAAUGCAUCAACAGAGGGCAAUUGCCACAGAGGAAUACAAAGUACCCGAUGGUAUGGUUGGAUUCAUAAUUGGUCGAGGUGGAGAACAGAUCUCACGCAUACAACAAGAGUCUGGGUGCAAAGUACAGAUUGCUCCUGACAGUGGUGGUUUACCAGAAAGAUCUUGCAUGUUGACAGGAAGCCCUGAUUCCAUUCUAGCUGCAAAGAGGUUACUUGAUCAAAUAGUUGAAAGAGGUCGAAUUGGUCCAGGUACACAUCAUGGAGAUGGACCAGGUACUUCAGUGCAGGAGAUUAUGAUUCCUGCAAGCAAAGCUGGACUUGUUAUUGGGAAAGGGGGAGAAACAAUCAAGCAACUGCAAGAGCGCGCAGGAGUCAAGAUGGUGAUGAUUCAAGAUGGACCUCAGCCAACAGGAUCAGACAAGCCCCUUCGCAUCACUGGAGAUCCAUUCAAAGUACAGCAAGCCAAGGACAUGGUUAUGGAUCUAAUUCGUGACCGAGAACAAGGUGGUUUUAGAGAGCAGCGUAAUGAAUACGGAUCCCGUUUGGGAGGAGCAAAUGAAGCAUUAGAUGUCCCUGUACCUCGCUUUGCUGUUGGUAUUGUAAUAGGGAGAAGCGGAGAAAUGAUUAAGAAGAUACAGAACGAUGCCGGUGUGAGGAUUCAGUUCAAGCCAGAUGACGGGACGACGCCAGAAAGGAUAGCUCAGAUCUUGGGCCCUCCAGACAGAUGUCAGCACGCUGCAGAAAUACUUACAGACCUCCUACGAAGUGUGGAGGCUGGUGUGCCUCCAGGUCCUGGUGGCCCUGGGCCUGGCAGAGGAAGAGGGAGAGGCCAAGGGAAUUGGAAUAUGGGCCCUCCUGGUGGACUUCAAGAGUUCACUUUCACGGUACCGAGCAGCAAGACUGGGAUAAUAAUUGGCAAAGGUGGUGAGACUGUAAAAGCAAUCAGCCAACAGUCAGGAGCACGGAUAGAGCUUCAGAGAAACCCACCUCCAAAUGCUGAUCCCAAUUUCAAAAUGUUUAUUAUUCGUGGAUCAACUCAGCAGAUUGACUAUGCUCGACAACUUAUUGAAGAGAAGAUUGGGGCUCCUACUGGUCCUCCUGGGCCACCUGGUCCCCACGGUCCUCAUGGACCUCAUUUGCCUCCUGGCCCUCAUGGGCCCCCUGGUCCUCCAGGCCCUGGAACUCCUAUGGGGCCCUAUAAUCCAGGGCCCUAUAAUCCAGGGCCACCUGGUCCUCCUCAACAUGGUCCACCAGCUCCAUAUGCUCCACAAGGAUGGGGAAAUGCCUAUCAGCCCUGGCAGCAGCAGGGUCAACCAGAUCCAAGUAAAGCUGGAGAUGCAAAUACAGCUGCAUGGGCAGCAUAUUACGCUCAGUAUUAUCAGCAACAAGCACAGCAGCCACCUGCACCUUCAAGCACCGGUCAGGGCAGUACCCCAAAUUCUGCACCGGGUAAAUCAUCGGCAGCUGAUCCAAGCCAACCCAACCCGGCCCAGCCUCCUCAGACUGAUUAUACCAAAGCCUGGGAAGAAUAUUACAAGAAAUUAGGUCAACAGGGACAACCGCAAGGAGCGCAACAGGAUUAUACAAAAGCUUGGGAGGAAUAUUACAAGAAACAAAGUCAGGCAGCUCAAGCAUCCAGUACGGCAGCUCAGCCAAGUGGACAGCCAGACUACAGUGCUGCGUGGGCUGAGUAUUACAGACAGCAAGCGGCUUAUUACAGUCAGACAAACUCCCAAGGAAUUCCCCAGCAUCCGCCAGCACAACAACCCCCACAGAUUAUAGACCUAAGCACUUCUGACAGUGUGACCUUGCAGACACAAUCCAGGCCAAAUUGAAUUAGUCAUGACAAAAUCUUCACCGGGAUAACACGUGCCUGUUCAAAAGUUUGGAUGAUCCAGACUCCUUAACAUUGGUCAGCAGCAGUCCCGGAUCCCAAGGUGAGGAUGACCAUCACCUCCCACGGUCUAAUUCUAUAUCAGAAUUGUUGCAUUUAUGUUGGCAGCUUUGGAUAUCAGCCUUAGACUGCCACUAGUUCAAAAUUGAUUUUGUAGUGCAUGUGGAAUUUAUAUUUCUCUGCCUGAGCUGUCAAUUUCUACAUUUACACAGGUGACUGUGACUCUGGGUCACUUCAAAGAUUUAAUGCCUGCAAGACCAAUCUGAACUUUUAUUACGUGACUGCUACAAUAUUAUUCUGAAAACAUGAGCAUUUAAACUUCUUUAACUGGUGCUUUUUGGACGGAUUUUACCUGUUAUGGGUAAUUGCUUAUUUGCAACAUAUAGCUUUUAGCAGGAUUGCCAACAUGAACAAAAUGGCCCAUGAAAAAUUCACUCCGUCCUUGUCGUGCUACUUGUCUCCUUUGUUCUCUUGUCUGGAUUGGCAGUUGUAGACUUUACUGCUCCUGCCCCUCCCUUCAAUUAGCAAUUGCCAACUACUUUUGUGCUACAGGUGUCUAUAGUAGGAUAUGACAAAUUUAGUGACACCAUAAUUGACGCACAUCGUCUGCUUUCUCCUCCUCCCCCCGCCCCCGACCCUCCACAUACAAGCACACCAUCAACUUUGACCUAAUUAAGAUGCUAAAUUACUUUAUAGGAACCCAGCCAGUACUGCCACUUGUUUGAAAACCUGUUUGAUCAGUGACUGAAUUAGAAUGCUUUACUGUCACAUGUACUAUUUAUGUUGGAUGUAUUGCAACUGAAUAUUUGUUAAUGAAUUAUUUUAUUUGUUUACCCUUUUCACGUUUGAGGAUGUGGUAGGGACUUGGUGAUUUUAUUACUCUAAAAACUGUAUGCUUAUUUUAAUGUCAUUGGGCUGAUUAGAUGCACUGUCUGUUAUUUUAACGGUCAGUAAAGACUGUUGAAUGAUGAGAUCAUUACAUCCCUCCACAAAUUUGUUCUGUUUACAGUGCACUUCUGCAGCCUAAAAUGCAUUAAAACAAACAUCUUUUUCAGAAGAAAAUUUUUUAGUGCAGUCUGUAAUUCUGUUAACAAAGGAUAAUCGGCAUCAAAUUACUUUGUAUAUUGUAAUGAAGCAUAUAGGAAGAUGUCUUUUGAAUAGUGCACAUCUUUUGAAGGCCGUUAAGCUUAUUGCAGUCAGUAAUUGAAGCAUGUAGUAUUCUUUUAGGCUUAUUGGAUUGUAAGAAACAUUUUUAGAUAAUGCUGAAUUUAUUAAAAACCUGUUUCUGCCAAAUAAGAAAACACCCUCACCUUUGAAAUGAAAAAUCCAGAAAUGAGACUUUUUCAGCUUACGUUGCUACUACCUACCAAAACUAUUAAUAUUACUUAGUUUAUGAAAAAAAGUGUUUCAAAAUGGAGGCUAUUGGUAUAGUUUUCUUGUACCAUGUGAAGUCGCAGCUCAUUGCAAAUGAAGUGCAAUUUUUAUACUUCACAGUGCCACCCAGACCUUGAACCUUAAGUUCUGCUGCAGUACACUAAAGGUAAGCAAGAAUGAAGGUGUAUUAUUUCAGGCUGUAAAAAGAAAUUGAUCAAUCAUUGGCCCUCUUUAUAAAUGCAUUAUCUUUAUGAAACUCCACAUUACUGUACAAAUAAGAAGUAAAUGUCAGUUUGAUCAGCCAAAUAUUCCAUAAUUUGUUUUUCUAGAUGAUCAAAUCAAAAUGAGUCAACAAAAGAUUUGAACUGCGGUUAAUUUCAAGCUCUAAAAAAAUUCUAGGAAAAUGGCAUUAGCCAACAUCUUAAAGUCAGAUUAAAACUUCUGGCAUAAACCUGAAGGGUUAAGCUGCCUUUUCAGAUGCAUUCAGCUUUAAGAUAUGAUCUUAACUUUUUCUGGGUUUGGAUUAAAGGUUUUCUGCAUACAACCAUGAACUUUAGAUGUUUGGUUGGAUAAUUAUUAGUUUAAACUAUUGUUAGCUUGCAGGAGAAAUGACAACACUCAUAUUUUGGAGAUUAAACUUCGUGUUGUGCGCUGUUUAACUGUUCAAACAAACAUUUGUUUAGAUCUUAGUUUGUGUUGGAUAUCUGAUUUCUAUCAUUAAGAACGCUUAGUCAAACUUAAAUGUAUACAGCUUUGAAAUGCAUUUGUUGUUGUGAAGGCAUCUUUGGAUAAAUAGCUAGUAUUUUACAAUAUAUUUUUAGAUAUCUAGGGAAAGGAAAAGCUGUUCAAUUUGUUCUUGUAGGAUGAACUAUACUUUUGUGUUGGCAUGGAUUGGUACACCUUGUCUUAUUUUAACCCUCUGCCAUUUUGUCAUGAAAGGCCUUGGCUGCUUUGCCUAAUACAUCAAUUUCCAAAAAUGACAUAAGGAAAUAUCAGAUAUUUUGCAUAAGUACAAAGAAGGAAGCUUACAUAUUUUGCUGGUGCAUUGCACAACAGCUAGUUAGUUGGUUCUUGCUGUUUAUACCAUGGGAGCUUGAAGCUGUUUAUUUGUAAAUAGCCAGGGAAGAGGGUUAAAAUAUCUGCAAUAAUUUGCACUGCUCUACCUUCAGGCAGACAAUUGCAUCUUAAAGGAUGUGAGGUGUGGUGUUAUUUUUGGCCUGGUUUAUUAAUGUAGAAUUAGAGUGUUCUGGCAGGUUUUUUUUGUGGUCUAUUUACCAUAUUAAAAUGCAUAAAAUAUCUUGCUUCAAAAUCAGAUUAGAAUUCCAGGUGUUCACUGCGCGGUUAUUCAGUGGAAUUCAUGUGCCUUUUUUCAAGAGUGAAUCUUGCAUUUCUAGAGGUUAAUUACCUUUGUAUUUUAAUCAGAAAAUCUUGGGGGUUUUUAUGCAAAAUGCCAACCUGCUUAUCUCUUGGCAAUUUUUUUUUUCAAAAGUACUCAAAAUAUGGUGCCUUCGUUCUUAUACAGUGCUGAAGAGCUAGCUGCCAGCACCCGAUUCAUAGGUCAUAGGAACAGGUCCUGAGAUAGUUUCUGCCACUAUGGAGGACUUCUUUGCGUUCAUCCUUUGAACUGAUGAACAUAAACCAUACAAUGGCUCUCUGUAUAAGGUAACACUUCUUGAGGGACAUAUGUCAUUCAUAUGUAGGGAAUUAAAUAUUUUGCACAAACUGUUAUUUAAAGUGGGAGGCAUGCUGUCAGAAUCUUUGGCUUAUGCACUUGUUUCUAUUUGCAUACAAAUGCUAAAAUAAGCACACUUUCUGCACGCUGGAACUAUAUUUCAGGACAUCCAUUUAAUACUGCUAAACUUGAUGUGUUCAUUGCUAGGUUUCCCUAUGCCAUCACUUGGAUUUCUUUUUGCUAUUUUUGACUUUCCUACAGAAAAUCCAGUUUAAUAUAUAGUCUUGAAUUAAAUUAUUGUCAAUGAAGGACUCAAAUGUACGUGCAUUAUAAUUUUGAUGCUAUAUUUCAAACUGAUCAAAUUGAGUUGAGGUACAAAGUAUAGUUUAAUCAUUAUCUCUUACUUGUUUAAUGUAAAUACAUAAAUCCCCAGAUUUAGAAUUUUUUCACUUUCUAGUGAGCCUGUUUGUAGACCUUGUAUCUUUGCGUACGUGAGUCAGAUUUUUAAAAUUCCAGAUUUUGCCUCCCUAAAACAAUGUUGGAUGCAUUUGUUUUGCUUGCUUUUUAAAAUGCUGAGAAGCUUUUGAUUCAGAAAAAUCUGCAGAAGCGAAUGUUUACAUUAACAGAAAACUGUACUUAAAUUGUGAAGUUAGUUUCUGCAUAGAGCAGUCUUCGUUAACCCAAUGUAGAAUGUUAAAGCAGACAGAACCUGUGUUUGAGUUAGAGGAUAGUGUAUAUCAGGAUUUGACUGCAGGUUUUUGCUGUUGUCCCUGUUCAGUACUUUUAACAUUGGCACUGCUAGAUAGGUUUCCUGCAUAUUUCUUUUGCAUGUUUCUUUUACACAUGGCUUUUGAGAUGGAUUAGCUAUUAUCUCGAAGAAAAAAAUUCUUCAGAAAAUGUGCAUUGCUGGAGAAGACUACUGAGCAGAUUUUGGGCUUGCAGUGAUUGGAGAAAGGGAUAUCAUACAGAUUUGGAGCUGAAGUAUAAGGUAACUUCACUGACGGGAAAAAAAAUGCUGCUUAAGAAUGAUCCGGAUGUGUUGGCACUCGUUUUUUGUUUUUCUGAUAAUGUUAAAUGAUUUUAGUGUGAAUUAAAAUGUAAAGAUUUUGAAAUUAUAAAUAAAGUUUGAG